AUGGGCCGGUCUUCCAAGGAUAAGCGCGAUGCUUACUACCGCCUGGCGAAGGAGCAGAAUUGGCGAGCGCGUUCUGCCUUCAAGUUGAUCCAGAUCGACGAACAAUUCGAUCUAUUCGAGCACGAAAACCCCGAGAAAGUGACCCGGGUUGUCGAUCUCUGUGCCGCCCCGGGCAGUUGGAGUCAAGUCCUUAGUCGGGUGCUCAUUAAGGGAGAAAGUUUUGGUCGACGGUCGUGGGUGGAGAAGAAGCGCAAGGAAAGGGAGGCGCUGGUGAAGGCGCACAACACGGAGGGUGCGGGACAGGACGAGGAGGUCGAUGAUAAUGGCGACGCGGAGUUGAAGCCCAGGGCGAAUGUGAAGAUUGUUUCGAUCGACUUGCAGCCCAUGGCUCCGCUGGAAGGCAUCACCACCCUCAAGGCAGACAUCACCCAUCCUUCUACCAUCCCUCUUCUUCUCCGAGCCCUCGAUCCCGACGCCUACGAUUCCACCGCCGCUUCGCCCUCUGCUCUGCGACCCCCGCAUCCCGUCGACUUGGUCAUUUCUGACGGUGCUCCGGAUGUCACUGGUCUGCACGAUUUGGAUAUCUAUAUUCAGUCUCAAUUGCUCUACUCGGCGCUGAACCUGGCCCUGGGUGUCCUCCGGCCGGGAGGCAAGUUUGUCGCAAAGAUCUUCCGUGGUCGCGACGUCGAUUUGAUUUACGCACAAUUGCGCACGGUCUUCGAGAAGGUCAGCGUUGCGAAACCGAGAAGCAGUCGAGCAAGCAGUCUGGAGGCAUUCGUGGUCUGUGAAGGAUUCAUCCCCCCAGCCAUUCACGAUGGCUUGGUCGGAAUGGAAGCAUUGAAAAACCCGGUGUUUGGCGGCGCUGCAGCUCCUCGUCCCACGUCUGCCGAUGGCAACCUAGGCCAGGAGAUGAUGGACGAGGACACUCCGUCGGCACCGAACGGCAUCAAUCUCACGCCGAAAGAGACAGUAUCGAUCGAUUCGAACCAAUCAAUCCAAACCCGCCUGCUUCACUCCGACUCCCAUGCCUCGGGUACGCCAGAGCCCCUGGCACACAAGCCCGUCGCCGAGAAAUUCGCCGUCGAAAACCGAUGGAUCCCGUCGUUCAUUGCCUGUGGUGAUCUGUCUUCCUGGGACUCCGACGCUUCCUACACUCUACCUCCAGACCACGUUAGUCUGGAGCCUGUCCAACCACCUACUGCACCACCCUAUCGGCGCGCUCUGGAAUUGAGAAAGGAGAAGGGCGGCGCAUAUGGCAAAACGAGAUUGGGGGCGAUGGGACGAGCAUGA